ACACAGUCACGAUCGCACGCGCGAUUUCUCUGCGACGGAGCUCUCACGCGGGGCGCUGUCUUCGAUGUGACAGCGUAUCAGCAUGAAAGCAAGCGACAGACUCAUGACUUCUGAUUGUCCAUAUCGUCCCCUCCACCACGAUAUUGAAACGAGCAGAGAUGCUGUCUCUGAUAUCACGCGAUCGAGGCUCUACUUGGAAAUUCAAGCACGAACGGCUCCAAACCCCGUCAUUGGAUCCAUGACGAUCGUCACCGCUCGAUCGUCAUCGGCCUCCAAGCAGUCCAUCCGAGACCUGCUACACUUUCUCCCUCACGGUUCUCUGUCGAUUCAAUAUUUUGUUGCUUUUCUCGUUCUAUAUCCAUUAGCGAAGGCGUUCACCAGGAGCUUAUUGGGAUGAUUUCUCUUCUUUAACCGGGGUUGACUAUAUUUCUCAUCAAAGAAAAGUCGUUCAUCUCGGAAAAUUCUAUUUGCGGCAUUGGAGAAAGAUGAAAACAAGAGGAUACCUAUGAGCUCCCACCGCCGCCUCCACCCGUCU